CUUGUUAACUCGUCACCGUCCAACGAUUGGGCAAAGUGCAGCCGGGCGGGCGGCUCGUAAAGAUGCUCUCACAGCGAUUAGAUAGCCGGGAACUCGAGCAGUCACUAAGUGUGUCCGUGCCGAUGGCAGUUUGUGGAUAAGCAGCGAUUAGAUUUGUGUCCAUAAAUAUUGCUAAUGUUGACGCCGACCAAAAUAGCUGCAAAUGGAGCAAUUGAAGGGGUUUGGACUAGAUAUAGCUAAUGAUCGUUGUUUUGGGCUUUAGUGUAGAAUUGCGUUGCGAGUGCUGCAGUGGAAUGUUUCUAGCACUGGGUCUCUUCUUGGCCAGCGCCCUCUUUUUGGGUUUGCUCAUCUACCAGCUGAAGUUCAAGCAUCUCAUCGAGGUGACUCGCGAUUUGGCCAGCCCGCCUGCGUGGCCGCUAUUGGGUCAUGGCCAUCAUUUUAUUGGCAAGGAACCGCACGAGAUGAUGCAAACACUUGACGAUUUCAUGAGACUCUAUGCCAGGGAUGAGACGCUCAAAGUGUGGCUGGGUCCAGAGCUGAACAUGCUGAUGGCCAAUCCCAAAGAUGUGGAGCUUGUGCUGGGCACACUUCGCUUCAAUGACAAGGCCGGCGAGUACAAGGCCCUGGAGCCGUGGCUCAAGGAGGGUCUGCUCGUCAGUCGCGGCCGCAAAUGGCAUAAGCGCCGCAAGAUCAUAACGCCCGCCUUCCAUUUCAAGAUUCUCGAACAGUUUGUCGAUAUUUUUGAGCGUGAAUCGCGUGUGCUUUUGCACAAUUUGGAUAAGGAACGCCAGCGGCAGGGCCAGACUGGCUUUAAUCUAUACGAUUGGAUCAAUCUCUGCACCAUGGACACCAUUUGUGAAACUGCCAUGGGCGUCUCCAUCAAUGCACAGACGAACGUGGACUCGGAGUAUGUGCGCGCGGUGAAGACCAUUUCGAUGGUGCUUCACAAGCGCAUGUUCAACAUAUUCUAUCGGUUCGAGCUGACCUACAUGCUGACACCGCUGGCUCGGGCCGAGCGCCGAGCGUUGAAUGUGCUGCACAACUUUACGGAGAAGAUCAUUGUGCAGCGGCGCGAGGAGCUGCUGCGUGCGAGCAAUGCCGGCGAGCCUAGUGCACAGAGUGCGGACGAUGCUGACGUUGGUGCUAAGCGUAAGAUGGCCUUUCUGGACAUAUUGCUGCAGUCGAGCAUUGAUGACAAGCCGCUGACCAAUCUGGACAUACGCGAGGAGGUGGACACCUUUAUGUUCGAGGGCCAUGAUACCACCUCCUCGGCCAUUAUGUUCUUCUUUUACAACAUUGCCACGUAUCCGGAAUGCCAGCGCAAGUGCGUUGAUGAGAUUAUCUCGGUGCUGGGCAGGGAUAAGGCGACGCCCGUCACAUACGAUCUGCUCAAUAAGCUACACUAUGUCGAUCUAUGCAUCAAGGAGACGCUGCGCAUGUAUCCGUCGGUGCCACUGCUGGGACGCAAGGUGCUCGAGGAGUGCGAAAUAAAUGGCAAGAUCAUUCCAGCCGGCACCAACAUUGGCAUUUCCCCCUUAUAUUUGGGACGGCGCGAGGAGCUCUUUAGCGAACCGGACACAUUCAUACCGGAGCGUUUCGAUGUUGUCACCAGCGCCGAGAAGCUCAAUCCGUAUGCCUAUAUACCCUUCUCGGCGGGGCCGCGUAACUGCAUUGGCCAGAAGUUUGCCACACUGGAGAUUAAGGCCAUUGUCGCGAAUGUGCUGCGGCACUUUGAAAUUGAAUUUGUGGGCAAUACCGCAGAGCCGCCAGUGCUCAUUGCUGAGCUGAUCCUGCGCACCAAGGAUCCACUCAUGUUCAAGCUCAAAGAGCGCAUUAUUUAAAGACGCCUUCAUGUUGUUUUUGUUCCGUUAAAAUAUUGCAAUAGAGAUGCGUGUGGAUAUAUAAUAAAUACUGAAAACUA